AUGUUUCUGACAAGGUCCGAGUAUGAUAGGGGUGUGAACACUUUUUCGCCAGAAGGAAGGUUGUUUCAAGUAGAAUAUGCCAUCGAAGCGAUAAAGCUGGGUUCUACAGCGAUUGGCAUCCAAACGCAUGACGGCGUUCUGCUCACCUGCGAGAAACGUUUGACCUCCCCACUGAUGCUUCCUUCCAGCAUGGAAAAGAUACUGCAGAUCGAUUCACAUAUUGGCUGCACUACGAGUGGGUUGAUCGGGGACAGCAAAACGCUGAUCGAUCGUGCUCGAGUUGAGGCACAGAACCAGUGGUUUGUGUAUGGUGAAAAGAUUACCGUUGAAGGUGUGACACAGGCAGUGUCAAACUUAGCGCUUGAAUUCGGUGACGACGAUGCGGAAGCAGCGAUGAGUAGGCCGUUUGGCGUUGCCAUGUUGUUUGCGGGUUGCGAUAAGCGGGGUCCACAAUUGUAUUCAAUGGAUCCUAGCGGAACGUUCAUUGAAUGUCAGGCAAAAGCUAUCGGCUCAGCUUCUGAAGGAGCCCAGCAGUCCCUACAGGAACAGUACAAUUCCUCAAUUUCAUUGAUUGGUGCGCAAAAGCUAGCCCUUGGCAUUCUUAAGCAGGUGAUGGAGGAGAAAAUGAGCGCUAUCAACAUUGAAGUACGUUAA